AUGGCCAGCACGUUAAGCCCCAGCACCAUGACCGGGACCCCGGGCCCUCCUGAGAUGUCAGAGCGUAUCCGAAACGCUGCUGACAUCUCCGUCAUUGUCGUCUAUUUCGUGGUAGUGAUGGCCGUCGGGCUGUGGGCAAUGCUGAAGACCAACCGGGACACCGUGGGGGGCUUCUUCCUGGCGGGUCGGGACAUCGUCUGGUGGCCGAUGGGCGCCUCUCUCUUCGCCAGUAACAUCGGCAGUGGCCACUUCGUGGGGCUGGCCGGGACCGGAGCGGCUUCAGGAAUUGUCAUUGCCGUGUUUGAAUGGAAUGCCCUGCUGCUGUUGCUGGUCCUGGGGUGGUUCUUUGUGCCCAUAUACAUCAAGGCGGGGGUGAUGACCAUGCCGGAAUACCUAAGGAAGCGGUUUGGUGGGAAGCGACUCCAGAUCUACCUCUCUCUCCUCUCCCUCUUCAUCUGUGUGGCAUUGAGAAUCUCAUCAGACAUCUUUUCUGGAGCUAUAUUCAUCAAGCUGGCCCUGGGACUGGACCUUUACCUGGCAAUCUUCAUCCUCUUGGCUAUCACUGCUAUCUACACAAUCACUGGGGGCUUGGCCUCAGUUAUUUACACAGACACCCUCCAGGCCUUCAUCAUGCUGAUAGGUUCUUUCAUUCUCAUGGGGUUUGCAUUUACCGAAGUUGGAGGUUAUGAGAGUUUUACAGAGAAGUAUAUGAAUGCCAUCCCAUCCAUAGUCCAAGGGGACAACCUGACCAUUAGCCCCACCUGCUACACUCCUCGGGCAGACUCCUUCCAUAUUUUCCGAGAUGCUGUCACCGGGGACAUUCCAUGGCCAGGAAUGAUAUUUGGAAUGACCAUCGUAGCGGUGUGGUACUGGUGCACUGAUCAGGUCAUCGUGCAGCGCUGCCUCUCAGGCAAGGACAUGUCUCACGUGAAGGCCGCCUGCAUCAUGUGCGGGUACCUGAAGCUGCUGCCCAUGUUCCUCAUGGUGAUGCCUGGAAUGAUCAGCCGCAUCCUGUACACAGACAAGGUGGCCUGUGUUGUACCUUCUGAAUGUGUGAAACACUGUGGCGUUGAAGUUGGCUGCAGCAACUAUGCCUACCCAAUGCUGGUGAUGGAACUAAUGCCUAAUGGGCUGCGAGGCCUGAUGCUGUCAGUCAUGUUGGCUUCCCUCAUGAGCUCCCUGACCUCCAUCUUCAACAGCGCCAGCACCCUCUUCACUAUGGACCUCUAUACCAAGAUUCGGAAGCAGGCAUCAGAGAAAGAGCUCCUUAUAGCUGGACGGCUCUUUAUUGUUCUAUUAAUUGUCACCAGCAUUUUGUGGGUCCCAUUAAUACAAGUGUCUCAAAAUGGACAGCUGUUUCAUUACAUAGAAUCAAUUUCUAGCUACCUUGGGCCUCCCAUUGCUGCUGUCUUCCUGCUUGCCAUCUUCUGUAAAAGAGUCAAUGAACAGGGAGCCUUCUGGGGUCUCAUAUUUGGACUUGUCAUGGGCCUCAUUCGUAUGAUUGCAGAGUUUGCCUAUGGAACAGGGAGCUGCUUGGCCGCCAGCUACUGUCCGAAGAUCAUCUGCAGAGUGCACUAUCUGUACUUUGCCAUCAUUCUCUUUUUCGUUUCCAUACUGGUCAUCCUGGGAAUUUCCUUGCUAACAAAACCCAUUCCUGACGUACACCUGUAUCGCCUGUGCUGGGCCCUUCGGAACAGGACAGAGGAACGGAUCGAUUUAGAUGCACAAGAGGAAAGACCAGAAGAAGCUGAUGAUCAUGUUGAUGGAGGUGAUCCUGAGGAGACUCGUGGAUGUUUCAGGAAAGCUUAUGAAGUGUUCUGCGGUUUCCAGAAGAAAGGCCCCAAGCUGAGCAAGGAGGAGGAAGAAGCCCAAAGAAAGAAGUUGACGGACACCUCAGAGAAGCCCCUGUGGAGGACCGUGGUGAACGUCAAUGCCAUCCUCCUCCUGUCCGUGGCCGUCUUUGUCCACGGCUACUUUGCUUGAACUUGAUCUGAGCCACCAGAAUACUAAGCAGAGGAUAUUACUGAUUUUUUGUCUUGAGAGUUUGUUGUGUUGCCGAAGGGAGAUGAGCCGUUGGUGAUUUUAUCCAAUGAGAUCACUGUGGAUCUGA